AUGUUCAAGCGAAUCAGCAAUAUUUUGACGCAAGGUUUCCCUCCGAAGCCUACUUUCACAGAGAACAACUUGGACGACCUCUCUGAAAAGGUCUACAUCGUAACUGGCGGGUACUCAGGCGUAGGAUACCAGCUCUCAAAACUGCUUUAUGCCAAAAACGCAGUUGUCUAUAUCGCAGGGCGCCGCGAAGAUGCUGGCCAAGACGCUAUCAAAUCCAUCAAAGAAGCUCAUCCCGACUCCAAGGGAAGGCUAGAAUUCUUGCUGCUUGACCUAGCCGAUCUGUCCACUAUCAAAGCCAGCGCAAAUGCUUUCUUAGAGAAGGAGACGAGACUCGACGUUCUUUUCAACAAUGCAGGAAUCAUGCGCUUGCCUAAAAAGGCUCCAAACAGGUCGAAACAGGAUCACGAAAUUAUGAUGGCUGUCAACUGCUUCGGCCCCUACCUCUUCACAAAGCUCCUCUACCCAGUCAUCGAAUCAACCGCCAAAUCUUCACCUACAGGCAGCGUCCGUGUUGUUUGGCUGGGGUCUCUUAUGAUCCAAUUGAUGGCGCCAAAGGGCGGUGUGGAUCUCGACAAUCUGGAUUACAAGAAGAAAAUGCUAGAUGAGUAUACCAGAUACUCAGCCAGCAAGGCUGGAAAUCUCUUCAUCGGUAGCGAAUGGGCUAGACGAGAUGCCGACAACGGAAUUUUGCAUUUGCGCGACGUGUCUGCGCUCGAAUACUAUUCAAUGUUACCAACCCUUCAUGAUCCCAUCUACGGUGCAUACUCGGAGUUAUUUGCUGGCCUAUCUCCAGAUGUCAAACCAGAGCACAGUGGACAAUAUGUCAUGCCUUGGGGUCGAUUUGGUCCAACUCGUCCAGAUGUUGACAAGUCUCUUUCUCCACAAAAUGGAGAGGAACUGUCCAAGGCUGGGAAAUUCUUUGAAUACUGCGAGGAGCAGACGAAAUCAUUUGCAUAG